AAAGAAGACAGCAACAGUCAGCUUGUCACUGAGCAGCGACUCGAGUAAAGCAGCAUCAUGUCUGGCAGAGGGAAAGGAGGCAAAGGAUUAGGCAAAGGCGGAGCAAAGCGGCACCGCAAAGUGCUUCGCGAUAACAUCCAGGGCAUCACCAAGCCAGCUAUCCGCCGCCUGGCUCGGCGUGGUGGGGUCAAGCGGAUCUCGGGUCUGAUCUACGAGGAGACCCGCGGGGUGCUGAAGGUUUUCCUGGAGAAUGUGAUCAGGGACGCGGUCACCUACACCGAGCACGCCAAGCGCAAGACGGUCACUGCCAUGGAUGUGGUGUACGCUCUGAAACGACAGGGCCGCACUCUCUACGGCUUCGGCGGCUAAAUAACUACCCCCUUUAUUCCAACACAAAACAAAGGCUCUUCUAAGAGCCGCCCACAACCUCACAGAAAGAGCAGAGUCUAGGGAAUUGGAGUAGAUGCAGAUUGGAAUGUGUUUUAUUAAACUAGUUAUUCCACCACUGAACAUAAGUUUUUAGCUUUUUCACCGCGGUCAUUAGAAUGCGAAGCCGACAGUAAAAGAUCAUACACAAGUCGAUGUCAGUUUCCCUUUUACCGAUAUACCUCAUGAUUAAUGCAGCAACAGGAGGGUCGACUCCAAACCGUUCCCUGGGUAACAGUCGCUUAUUUCCAGUCACGAGCAGAGCUGAAUUCCGUCUGCACCGGGAUCCGGUCUGUAAAUCCGCGCCGCAUAUUCAGUCAUGAUUUAAGCGAGAAGUUAAAGUGGAUUUGAUAUUAAGUUGACAGAAACUGAAUUCAUUCAGAAU